AUGGACUCGCCCGUCCUCACUCAGCUAUUUCGACAACUCUUCCGCCAUCCGGCCUGCCAGUCCCUGCGCCGGCAGCCCCCGUCGCUGCCGCGCACGCAGUCCCGCUCGUUUCUCACGCGACGCACCCCGAACAAACGCAAAUCACAGGACGAUGGCAUGCUGUGGACGAAACGGGGGGACAUCCCCAAGGACAUCGACAAGGAAUACUGGUCAUAUCCGAUAGUCACAGCCAAGGAGCUGCGCAAUCGGAGAGAGCGGCCGCGGCAGGUGAAGAUGCUGACACGCGAGUUCAUCGACGACAGCCUCUACAAUCCGCAUUACGGGUACUUCUCCAAACAUGCAACGAUCUUCAGCCCCGGUGAGCCAUUCGACUUCAACAAUAUCGAGGAUGGGCCGGCCUUCCACCGGCUACUAGGCCAGCGAUACAUCGAGUUUGAGGAUAAGCUGGACGAAACCACACCGGACAUAGCACGGCAGCUAUGGCACACGCCCACAGAAUUGUUCCGGCCGUAUUAUGGCGAGACGAUUGCGCGGUACCUGGUGUCGAACUACAAGCUGACGCUGUAUCCGUACCACGACCUGAUCAUAUACGAGAUGGGUGCGGGCAAUGGCACGAUGAUGCUGAAUAUCUUGGAUUUCAUUCGGGACACGGACUUUGAGGUGUAUCAGCGCACGAAGUUUAAGAUCAUUGAGAUCUCGCCUGCGCUGGCGGACUUGCAGUACAAAAACUUGUUGGAUAGCGUCAAUGCCGCAGGUCAUCGGGACCAUGUCGAAAUCAUCAAUCGGUCCAUCUUUGAUUGGGAUACAUACGUGCACUCGCCAUGCUUUUUCCUGGCGUUGGAGGUAUUCGACAAUUUCGGCCAUGAUUCCGUGCGCUAUAACUGCCGCACGGAAGCGCCGCAGCAAGGCGGCGUGCUCAUUGAUGCGGAUGGCGAGUUCCAUGAUUACUAUAACACGCAACUGGAUCCCGUCGCCGCGCGGUUUUUGCGCGUGCGCCAAGCGGCAGCACGCCAGCCGUUCCCUAGCCCCUUAGGACCACGUGUGUUGCGUGGCCUGCGCAAUGUCGGGCCCUUCAGCAAGGAAUUCAGUCAGCCGGAAUAUAUUCCUACCCGACUGAUGCAGUUCUUUGACGUUCUGAACCAGUUCUUCCCGGCGCAUCGGCUGGUCGCUAGCGACUUCAGUUCCUUGCCCGACGCGGUGCCGGGUCUCAAUGCACCGGUCGUGCAAACGCGAUACCAGCGGAAGACGGUUCCUGUAACCACUCCAUUCGUUCACCAAGGUUACUUUGACAUCUUCUUCCCCACGAACUUCAACACAGUUGAGGACAUCUACCGCGCUGUGACGGGUAAAUUGACCAAGGUGACGAGUCAUGAGGACUUUGUGCAUCACUGGGCGUACAUUGAGGACACGGAGACGCGGAACGGGGAGAAUCCGCUGUUGAGCUGGUAUAAGAAUGCCAGCAUGUUGCUGACGGUGUAA